AUGACAGAGUCAGCGCCACAAAAAGGAGGUCUCUAUGCUGCCCUCAGGUUCACGGGAAUACCUCCAAGUUGGCUAGAGAAACGACCGAAACUUCCUUCACGGAAUUGGCUUAUUUUCAUCGGAGUUGUCGGCUCGCUGGCGACUUUGUACGUCGACGACAGGCGAAAAUGCAAGCAAAUACGCGAAGAAUAUAUCUCCAAAGUGAGACAUUUGGCAGAAGAGCCCCUUGGGAAUGCGGAAUGGGGACGAAAAGUCAAAGUCUACUCGUGUCGCUAUCCUGAGGACCAAGACCAUGAACGUACUAUGAAGUACUUUAAGAAAUAUGUAAAACCGAUAUUUGUUGCUGCUGCAAUAGAUUUCGAUAUCAUCAAUGGCAAUCACUAUGGCGCAUUGACAAACAAGAUUGUUGAUGAUAUCAAAAAACGACGGAGAGAAAUGGCUGGACUGGAAAAAUCUCAUGAUGAGCUGCUUCAACAGGUGCAGCCUCUCCGAGGGGACAGAGCUCCAGCAGCGCGGCAAAAGCGAGAACUGGAGGGUGGAACCGUCAUCAUUGGAAGACACACCCUCAAAGAGUAUAUGGAGGGGCUGCGAAGAGGCUGGUCGGAAUCUAUGAUGCCCCGAGAUGUCGAGGAAGAGUUUGCUCAAACUCUCUCUGACGAGCCGUUUGCGGACCAGACAAUCCAGGCUCAGGAUGGUGAACUACCUUCGCCUUCGUCAUUUAACACUUCCUCGCCACUCUCACCACCAUCAAAUGUUCUGAAUACGAACCAAAAGGUAUCAGUAUUUGGACAGCUCCAGCGACAGCAGCCCUCGAAGCCCAUUCCAGUCACCGCCCUUGACGUGCCGCCAGCAUCCAUUCCUCCACAACCAGCCUUUGGUCUCAUUCCAUAUACCAGUCAUUUGGGGUUCAAACAGGUCCCUUAUAUGAUCUAUGACUUCUUUACGGAACGCUACCGCGUUCGCUCCGGCGCAGAAGCCGCUUUCAAUGUCGUCAUGGGUCAAAAGCGUCCAUUCAGAAAUCGCGAGUCGGAGGGCUACCCGAGCGACCUCGACUUUGACAAGCAAUCCGAGCAAUACAUCAAAACCUCAUGGAGGAAGCUACCGAAACGAAUCGAGGAUGCCAAGAAGGAGUAUUAUAAAGAGCUCCCUGCCAAGGUUAAAGUCGCACGUGAGUUGGCUUACGGCGAGAGGGAGCCGACUCGGAGCGAGAAGGCAAACCCACCAGCUACCGAAGUCGAGCUUCGGAGCCAACGUCUUAAGAAGGAGCUAAAGUGGAAGGAAGACCUGGAAGGUUGGCAGGUCCUGCGAGAUGAUGUUCAUUGGGAUGACCGUUUUGAGGGUGUCUUAGAGGUCUACAUGGCUCCAGACUUGCAAAAUUAUACGCAGAUAUAG